AUGAGAUCUACGGACGCGAAAAGCACUAAUGAAGCACUACAAAAGAUUUUCUUCACAUGGGGUCUACCGCUUAUCAUACAAAGUGAUAACGGCCCCCCCUUCCAAAGCACCGAAUUUGUUAAGUUUUGGGAGGCAAAAGGUGUAAAGGUAAGAAAGUCUAUACCCCUGUGCCCACAGACGAAUGGAGCCGUCGAAAGGCAGAAUCAAGGAGUUAUAAAAGCAUUGACAGCCGCAAAAGUUGAAGGAAAACAUUGGAAAUCAGCAUUACAGGAAUAUGUCCACGUACAUAAUACGCUCAAACCACAUGCCAGGCUCGGCAUAACACCGUUUGAGCUAUUAGUAGGAUGGAAGCAUAGAGGUACAUUUCCAUCGCUCUGGGACUGUAAGCUAGAGGAUACAAUUGAUCGGAACAAUGUACGUGAUUUGGACGCAACGACGAAACUGCAGAGCAAAAAGUACGCCGAUGCUCGACGGGGAGCAAAAUCAUCGGAUAUUUCCGUAGGAGACAUCGUGCUGAUAGCGGUAUCAAAAAAGGCAAAAACGGAUCCUUCAUUCUCUAAAGAGCGAUUUACAGUCCUAUCACGAGACGGUGCUAAGGUGGUAGUCAGAAGUGAUCGAGGUGUUCAAUACACACGAAGCGUGAAUGACCUUAAGCGAGCACCUCAAUACAGUAGUCUUGAUAUCGACAAGGAUGAAAGUGAACCAGAAUACAGUGCGGAAGACCAUUAUCUCGACGAUGGAGGAAAACCGGAUGAGAAAACAGGACGACCUAUUCGAAACACCCGCAAACC